UAUUUGUUUACCUGGAGCCGGCGGGCGGGCAGCGCUGCACGUCGGGAUAGCGGAGGAGCUGGCCGAGUCCUCCGACAUUAAGAUGGCGGCGGUCGCCUCUCAGCCCAAUUUCGCCGUUGUCUGUUCUUUCCUGGAGCGCUAUGGCGCCUCGCUGGAACUGCCCGAAUUCACCUUCCCCGAGCUGGAAGAAGCGCUGGAAAACAAAAAAUCCGUUCCCCAGCCAUUGGUGGACCUUCACCUGAAGCUGAUGAGGAAGAUUGGGAAGUCUGUGAGCUUUGAUCGAUGGGAAAAGUACCUUCUCAGGAUUUGUUUGGAGUACAACAAUACUUGGGCCUGGGAGAUGGAAAAAAUUGGCUACACUGAGAUGGAUGCUGAAUGCAAACUUGGCCUCUUAAAGUAUCUCUGUGAAUGCCAGUUUGAUGACAAUUUGAAAUUCAAGAAUGUGCUAAAUGAAGAGGAGCCAGAUGCUAUGCGCAUCCAUCCAAUUGGGCGUGACAAGGAUGGCCUAAUGUACUGGUACCAAUUGGACCAAGAGUUCAAUGUCCGAUUGUACACAGAAGAACAAGAUGAUCAAGAUGGCACUUCAUGGAAGCUCAUUGUAAGGGACCGUAAUGAAUUGGCUGAAACACUGCAACUGCUGAAAGCUCAGAUAGAUCCAGCGUUACUAAGCAAGUUUAUCCAGGAAGAUGGCUCCUCUCACACUAGUCCUACACCUGAAGAUGAAGAGAAUAAGAAAGAACUUGAACAUCUGGAAGAAAUGAAAAUGGGCAAGACAGUAGGAGGGCAGCAGAAGGAACCUGAAAUGGCCCCCAAGUCAAAUCCAGCAUCUCCAACCGCGACUAUCUCUCCGGAAGAUGAGGAAAAAAAGCGGACAAUCAAGAAAGAGCAAGAUGAAGAUGGCUCCAAGGCAGAGCAGACCGUUAAGGUGGAACAGCCUGUGUCAGAAAACACUGACGAGAAAGGUGCAGACACUAAAUUGACCAAAGAGAACAGCCUUGAGAAAGUUAGUAAGCUAACUGAAGGAGAAAACAUAGCUGCAAAAGUCGAGGUGGUCAGUCUGAAAGGCUCGGGUGAUUCCAAAGGUUGCACUGAUAAGUUGACAUCUGAAGACCGUGAAAAACUGGGAACCUGCAUCAAGGUGGAACCUCCUGACGAUGUCAAAGAGAAAUCCCCGGAAGAGCUCGAAAGGGCCUUGAAGACUGUCAAGCAGGCAAAACUCCCCAUGAAAAAGCGUGAAAUUAAACUGAUGGAGGAUUAUGACAGCUCGUUAAAGGGGCCCCUCAGCAAAUCCAUGGCUCCUGUCAAAGAGCCAUUGAAAGAAGAAUCAAAAGCAGAAGGUGAGACAGUAAAGCAGGUACCCGAGGAGAAGGCGGAGGGAAAGCAACUGAUGAAUGGCGAGAUAGCUGCUGGACCCAAGGUGAACAACCACAAAACUGAAGAGGGAAACGUGGAGGCUUCUGCUGCAGAGAAGGCUGAGCAGAAGUAUAAGAACCAGGAGCCUGAACAUGCACGCCCAACUAAAGAGGAGGAAAACGGCAUCGACAGCUCAAGCAAGCAGGACUCUGAUUUGCCACUGAGCCUUAAUCGGGAGAAUCGUGAAAGCGGAAAUAAAGUUGAGGUAAACCAGAACUGCACAGUGAAGGAGAAAGCUGCAGACCACGAUCUCCCAGAGCUUGUGAAGCCUACUGAGGAAGCCAGGUCGAAAUGUGAGGGUGAGGAGGAUUCUUCAAAGAGCUCCCUAGGCACAAAGCUGUCUGACAAGAAUACGCCCAAUACACCACAGGCAAGUUUGACCAAGGUGGAGGAGGAAUGUACAGAGAAGAUGCCUGUGAGGAGAACAAGAGCAUCAUUGAGGCAACAGAUGCUGGGGAAGACUUUGGAGGAAGAAGCGCCCCAGAAAGUUGAGCAGGCGGAAGAGAAACAGGAGCCUGAGCCUAAUGGGGCAAGGUGCUUAAGGAGAUCGCUGAGAAUAUCCAAACCCACGGUGAAAGUGACGGAAAGCCAGGAGAAGAGAGCGAGCAAGAGAGAAGAAGAACCUGCACCUCCUAGUCCAGAUAGGGAUGAGAACCAGAAAAAGAUGGAGAAAGAUUCCAAAGGAGCAAAGCGCAAAUGUAAAUCCAGCCGGAGAGCCAGAUGGACCAAAUCAAGGGGCAGACGCAGACCCCAGGAGUCGAGUGAAGAGAGCGAGACUGCCCAAGAAGAUGACGAAGGUAGUGAAGAGGAGGAGGAAGGGCCACCAGAAGAUGAUGAGCCCUGUAAAAAAUGUGGCUUAUCCAAUCACCCUGAAUUGAUUCUGUUGUGUGACUCCUGUGACAGUGGUUAUCAUACAGCUUGUCUACGACCUCCAUUGAUGACGAUCCCUGAUGGAGAAUGGUUCUGCCCACCCUGCCAACAUAAACUUCUAUGUGAAAAGCUAGAAGAACAAUUGCAAAAUAUAGAUGUGAUGAUAAAAAAGAAGGAAAGAGCAGAGAGAAGGAAAGAGAGGCUGGCCUUUGUGGGAAUCAAUGUGGAAAAUAUUAUUACUCCAAAAGAUUCAGUAACCGAAGAACUUGAAAUAAAAGAUUUCAAAUCUUUGGAAAGGCGAUCGGGUCGGACACGGAGAUCUAUUAAUUACAGGUUUGAUGACUUUGAUGAUGCAAUUGAUGAAGCUAUACAUGAAGACAUACAGGAAGCAGAGGGCAAAGGUGCUGGAAGAGGCAAAGACAUGGCAAAUAUCACUGGCCAAUCCCUGGGAAAAGACAUCUCAACUAUACUCGCAGGGUCGAAAGAGAGCAAGCGACCAACACGUGAAGCUGCCUGUAGACGCAAGAAAAGGCGAAGACUGAAUGACCUUGAUAGCGAUAGCACACUUGAAGAUGAUGAGAGUGAGGAGGAGUUCAAAAUAAGUGAAAGCAGUGAAGAAGAAUUUGAGAUCUCUGACCGAGAUAGUGAGGCAGAACCUGUCUCAAAUGAUGAUGAGGGUUUUGAAGUACGUCGGCGAGGAAGGCACCGGAAGUACGUGGAGCCAAUGAGGCGGAGUUGGCGGUUGAGGGGAAGACAAGUGAAAAGAUAUUCGGAUGAGGAUGAGGAGGAUGAAGAAGAACAUGGAGAGAGCGAAGGGUCAAGUUGUUACAGUGAUGUGCUGGACAUGAGGAGGAGGCGAUCAAAGCGGAAUCAAGCUAAAAAAGUGAACUACAGAGAAGAUUCUGAAUCUGAGAAAUCUAUGAAAAGUGGUGCGAGUAGAAAGGAAAGACUUAGGGGACACAAACGUAGACUAUACAUUACAGCAAGCGAUGAGAGUUCCAGGAGCAGAAGUUCAGACGAAGAGCGGGAGAAGGAGCGGCCUCAACGGAAGCGUCUGAACAGGAUCGAGGACGAGGAGGAGGAUGAUGAGGAUGAAGAUGAGCCCGCGCCGACGAGCAAAUUCCGCUCCAGGCCCGCCCGGGAUUACAGCAAGAAGUAUCGGCUGAUGAGCGACGAGGAGGAGGAGCCGGAAGAGGCAGAGAAGGAGGCCAGCUCUUUGGACUGCGGCCUGGUGGAACUGCCCUCUACCAAUGGACAGAGCCCAGGGCAGGCUUCGGAAAGUGUAAUCAGCAGAACCAGUGAGAAGAACCAAACGGCCAAGGACACUAACCCUACUCCCAGCCCGGCGCUGAAUGGAGCCUGUGAAGCGAUGGCCUCUGAAGCGGGAGUGGAAGCGGGAGGCGAAGGAGGGGAGGAGGAUGAAGAUGACCUCUUGGGAGUAACUGACCUUGUAGAAUAUGUUUGUAAUAAUGAACAAAUAUAAGAACUCUUUUUACACUAGUUUAAAUAAUUUAUUCCAUAGUAGCUGUACAUCUUGGCCAGUUAUUGUGUGUCUUUUUUGUUUGAUUGUUUUGCUCCCCUACCCCACCCCCACUCACUCACUCACUCACUCCUCCAGAGAGUAAGAUCCUCCUGCACUCACUUUCUCUUUUUUCUCCCCACUCACUUUGGCCUACACCCUCCUGCUCCUCUCCCCCCCCAUAAAUUGACCAAUUUUGAGGUAUUUAACAUGGUAGGUUUAUUUUUCUUGUUUUUAUUUUACUGGAGUUACAUUUUGUUUUUGGUCCGUCAUAAUUUCAGCUGAGAAAAGUUCCAUUGAGGGAUUUUAUAAAGAAAGUAAAAUGUUGACCCCUCUAUCCCCGCCCCCCCCCCCCCGCCCCCCUGCCUAAUUCGGGGCUCAGAAUUUUCCCAAAUAAGUAAGUGAAGGUGGGGGCAUGGUGCGGGAAGAGAAAAGAAAAUUCUCCCUCAUUCCAGAAAGAUUGUUUUGACCCUCUAAUGUCUUUGUCUUUUUUAAAAAAUAUAUAUAUAUAUCUAUACAGAAAAAAAGACUUUUUAAGUAUGUUGUGUAGUGUCCUAACACCACUUAGUACACCUGGAUCCAAAAUAUUUCCAAAAGAACACCAAAUUUUUGCUGUAGAUGCCGUUCAGUGCUUUGAGUUAAGAGCUCUUGUAGUAGCAUGUGCAGGGAACUCCCAGUAUAUGGUGGCCAUUUUGAAAACCAUUUAUUUCCAAACAACUCUACUGUGAUGUUCAAUAGAUCACUGUAGUAUGCACCAGUACUGCGAUUGAUUGCUACAGCGUACUGACACUGUAAUUGGCUGUCACGGUGCUGUUAACAUCUUUGAUGUCCUCACAUCAUCGCUUUUUAGAUUUUUUUUUAAAAUAGACCAUUUCUUCCUAGGUGCCUCUGUAUAAACUUAAGGGUUAACACUGAUACGUCUAAACUGGUGAUUUUGAAGUUGGAUUGCGAUCUGUUUUGAAGCUCAAUUUAACCUACCCUACCCAAAGGGACGGAAAGGCGGUGAGGGAGGGGGUGGGUGUGCUCGGACUACUAGACCAGAAAGUUUGAACAUGGUGUGGGGAAGGAUCAUCAAACAGAGCUUUCAUUCAACACUCCUCUUUGCCUUUUACUAAAACUUCUCUGAUAUAUUCCUCACCACUCCUCCUGCCACCCCUCCCCAAACCCAGACUGUGUGUGGUGAAUGUUGAUAGCCUAUUCAACCCCGGACGCUAUCACGGCCAAAUCUGACCCUAAGUGGGUGAAGCAGAAGAAUUGUUUCUUUAAAGUUUUGCUUUUGCUUGCUUGAAAUAUGCCCAUUAUCUGAAUGAAAUACAAUAUAUAUAAUAUAUAUUGUUAUAUAUUAUAUAUAAUACAUAAAAUAUAAUUUUCAGAUGGUGUCAAACUCUCUGAUACAAAUCAUCGUAACACACAAACUUGUUCAAAGUAGUUUUGUUUGUCCCAGUACCUCACCUCGAUGUGCUUCGCGAAAACAUUUGUCAAAUCUGGGGUACUGAACAAAAGAAUGAAUGUUGAUUAUUCAUGUUGUUAACAGUUGACUUUUUUAGUACAGUGGUAGUAAAUCCAUUGUCCUGUAUACAGGCUACUUUAAUCCA